AUGUUUUCGUAUUCCAGCCAUGGGUUUCUGUUGCUUGUGUCCCUAGGUUUAUUGUCACUUGCAUCAAUUGGUUACCUGGCUCUUGCUACCAUUGGUACUCGGUGCAACCCUACCAUUAGUUCAAUGGCUCUUCCUGCGGUUGGUAUUCGGUCCCUUGCGUCCAUUGGUUAUGUGGCUCAUGCUGCCAUUGAUGUUCAAUCUGUUGUGUCCAUUGGUUGUCUGGCUAUUGCUGCCAUUGAUGUUCGGUCUGUUGUGUCCAUUGGUUUCCUAGCUUGCAUCGGUUCUUUUUUUGUUGCUUUUGUCCCACUUCCUGACGCCCCAAUAUGUUUUUUACUUUUACUUUGGUUAUUUGGAAUGAUUUUCUUACACGUCUUUGCAUUAUGA